AUGUCAGAUGAAAAUUACACCGUAUUUCGAGAAUGUCUCUCAAGCUCAAUCGUCGCUCGCUCUGAAGAGAAAACGAAACCGAAACGAAAGCCCAAACUCAAGCGCGCUGGCAAGGACAAGGACAAGGACAAGGAUGUGACAUAUACCGAGCCGGCAGCUCCCCAGCGAGUCGAUCCAGACGAGUGGGCCGAAUUUAUUGACUUCAUCGCGUCAGAAACUUUCUCUUCGUUCCCAGACUCCUUGCGAACUCUUUCCUACACCGCUGUCCAGCAUGACCCCAAUCUAUCAACACUCUACGUCCCACCCGACGUAGAUACUCCCCUCAAUCGCGCCGUGCUCGACUCCGUCACCUCCGUCGUCCCACCUGACGUCACCGACUCCCUCGCCGUAUACGGACUCAUCCCGGACGUAAACGAUUUCCCCGAGUUUUUGACGCCUAUCCUGACAGAGUAUAUUGCAAGCGUGACAACCGGACCGCCGGCAUGGUCGAAUACGCGCACGGAUGCGUGUGAAAUCUGUGAUCGGGAUUGGAUUCCUCUUUCAUAUCAUCAUCUUAUUCCGCGCGGCGUGCAUGCGAAAGUGCUGAAGAAGGGCUGGCAUGAUGAGUGGAUGCUUAAUAGUGUUGCUUGGUUGUGUCGCGCUUGUCAUAGUUUUGUGCAUCGAAUGGCUAGUAAUGAGGAGCUUGCUAGAGAGUGGUUUACUGUUGAUAGAAUAUUGGAGCGGAAGGAUGUACAGGAUUGGGCGAUGUGGGUUAGUAAGGUGAGAUGGAAGACGAAGUGA